AGUAGUGUUGCUGCUGUGCGAUCGUUCAGACGUGAUUCAGAAAGUUUCCUCCUCUCGCGCGCAGGGUUUCGUUUCGUUCGUUGAAGCAAACAAACAGCUAGCAGCGAUCGGACUUCAGCAGGUUGGUUUAGCAGAGACCCGACUAUCGAACGACGGCGUGAACUUUGUUUUGUUUGAGUUUCGGUGCAUUUCGUGCUGUUCCGCCUUCACGCAGGGUUCGUGGUUGCGGUAGACUUGUGUGUGAGAGCGCGAUUGAGUGCAUUUUUUUGUGAUUCUAGACUGCUGCCACCGGGAAGAAAGCUAGAGGAUUAUUGAUUUUGGAAAGUGAUCGCGGUUCAUGAGAAUUGAGGAGGAAAGUGUCACGAAUUUGUGAAUUGCACGCUUUGAGACGAAUGCCAAGUGACGGAAAAAGUGCGAUUUUCGAUUUUGGCGCCGAACAGUGCGUGUGAAUGAUAGGAGAAAACUGCAAACGUCUCAAUUGGUUAUAGUGCAUAGUGAGUGCAAUUGGUUCAUUGAGAUCAAUUGAGAUCACCCGGGCCUGAAGAAGGGAACAUCAUCAGCAGCAGCAAUUGCGCAAAACAACAACGGCUCAAGUAGGUAACGGAGCAAUAACAAUUGAGUGCAAUUGUCUCGACAGUGCGUGUGGUUCGUUACUUACACGAAACGACCGAAGAGAAAAGGGGGAGUUUAAUCAGUGAAAAAUGAAUUUUCAUCAAUUUAUGAAAAGCCCCGAUUAAGGUUACACGAAGAUUAAGAAAGAUUGCAUUUACUCACAGUGGAGAUCUCCGCCAAGAAACCAAGUGUGUUCAAAGUGUGAAAAUACUCAACUCAUUAGCUAGGAAGAUAACAAGAUUUUAUACAGAAAGUAACGACAAUGGCAAUUCCAUUCUUGCAACCGGAAGAAGACGAAAGUGCCCGGCACGGAAAUGGACAGCUCGUCCAUGCCGGUGCUGGUGCUGGUGCAGGAAGUAGUGCCGCUAGUGGAAGUGCUGGUAGUAGUAGUGGAGUAGUUGGAGCCGGUAGUGGAAUCGCAGCCAGUGGUGGUGGCGCCGUGAUGAUGGUUGGUGCUACCGGGCCACUGCCAAUUCCAAAUUCGCCGGCUCCCAUCAGUAGUGGAACGUCGACGGCAGUGCAGACGCCCCUGAUUGGGCCGAUGAACAGCGACCAGUUGGUGCAGCUUUUCUAUGAGGCGCUGUAUCGCUACUCGAGAGGAGAUACCCCCUCGACGCCGAUCUCGCAGUCACCGCAAAGCUCGUCCUGCAGUCCAUUCACCACUGGGUAUUACAACAGCGGAGGAGGUGGAGGAAGUGCUGGAUUCGUCAACACCGGCACCACAAGCCAGGUGUUCUUCCCGCAGACCCCCAACGGAGUGUACCGUCCGAGCGGAGUCGGAAGUUUUGGAACUACGGGAGUGUUCUUUGGGCAGCCUCCGACCCCGAGUCCCAGUGGAAGUAGUAGCCACAGCAGCCAACACAGUGCCAACAGUCCGGAAACGCCGGCCUGCUCGUCGGCGCCACCAAUUUUUCACCAGUUCCCAUCGAGCUACCAACUGCCCAGCACCGCAAACGCCAGCACCACCACCAACUGGAGUCACCACGGUGGUCCCAGUGGCCACGAUGGAGAUGAAUCGAGCGAAUCGGACUCCUCUCAGCCAUCGUCCAUAUCGGAAGGAGAUACCAUUGCCGCUCCCAUAGCCGCAUGCAGCCCUCACUGUUUGGGACUGCUACCGGGGGCACAUCACCAUCUCCUCGACGCCGGAAGCAGCACCAGUACCAGUACCAUCGGUGCCAACAGUAGUAGCAGCGGUAGCAGUAGCACCAUGGCCACGAUGAGUGGAUACAUUCCGCCGCAUUUGGACUAUAUGGCUGGGCGUGAACAGCUGCAGGAGUUCGCCGGCAAGAUCCCCCAGCGCAAGAAGAAAUCGUCGUCGUCGUCCAAAUCUUCGAGCAAGUCCAAGAAAUCAAAAUUUCUGGAGCAAACCCUCGUCUGGCCAACCCUGGCCGUGACCGCCACGUUGAUCGCCCUCGGCUGUGGCCUACUAGCUGCCCGGUGAACCCAACAGGAACAAUCCACUGGAGCCGCUGGAGGACAGCAAAAAAAACGGAACCCAAGUGCCUUCAAGAUCGUAGUGUCGUAGUAAAACAGCAAGCCCGUAAUAAUAGUGUACUCAUCUGAUCCAGUUCAAUCCGCACGUGUAGUAAAAGAUGUCGCGCCCGGUAUUGGCACACAUUGGCCCGGAGAACAACACCACUUAGCAGAAGUGUUCCAGCUUGGAGAGUUGUCUCAAUCAGUUGGAGUAAAUUAACGAAAGUAGCCGCUGAUUGAUGCGGACUAUAAGAUGCCACGUGACGCGAUUUAGACCAAUCGGAUGCAACACUCAAGACAGUUUUUUUUUCUUAAAGUGAAAUUCUUACCAGAUUAGAUUCGUAGUAGCAGCAGCAACAAGUGACGGUUAGCAUUUAAGCCUUUAGCGACGUAAGGAACGAUUUCAAAGAUGAAACAAUUAUUAAUCCAUUUGACGGAUUGUGAUCUCGAUUUUUUUUGUGAGUAACCCCUCAUUGAAAGUGUUUUUUUUUCUCAGUUGAUGCAUGUUUUAUUUUUUUUUUCUUUCCACUAUGAAAGGCGUUAUUGAAUUCGAAGAUUUUUCCUGUUGCGGAAAGAAAAAUGAUAUGCCAAGCCAAAAGUGAAUGUGAUUGUCCUUUUUAAGUUGUUAUUUUCCCCCCAGAAACAGGCAGAAAUAAGAAAGCAUGUUUAUUUUAUUUUUAUCUAUCGUUCAGCAAAGCAUUUGGAAACGAAUCCAACAAGUUUAUUAGAUGUAAGUGAAGAAGAAAUCAUUUUUUAGUACAGUUUACAUGUAGCACAGUUAAUCAGCCAAUAAAGAUUUCGUUACAUUUUAAGGAAACACAUAUUGAUUUGUUAGUGAAAUUAUAUACGUCUGUAGAUGAUACUAAUUGGAAAGCCAUAUCGGUUUAGUGAUCGGUUGAUAAUUGUCAUCCUUUUUAGGGGAAUAGUCUUUUAAAGAUGGUUCUCGGCUAGAAGGAGUAGCGAGAUAUGUGCCGAUUUAAAAUAAUAGUUCGUAGCGUUCUAAGCAAAGAUAAGCUUUAGAGUAGAACUGUACCACUUUUAAGAACAAAAAUGCGAAGAUCUUCCAUAGAACUUAAGCAAGAUUUAAAAAUUUGGUUUUAAUAUUUUCAGUGUCCAAAAUGCUCACAAUUAGUUUUGGUAUUCUGACGUAUCAGCGUUAGCGUAGUUGCAGUACACUCCGUAGAUUGGAUACUAGCAAGAGCAACAUUCAAGUUUCUGUUUGAAUAAUCUCGCCCAGACUUUUUUCAGGAACAAGACCGGAGAAUACACCUUGUUCCAAUCUUGAACAA